CUCACGGCCCUGCAACGUCGCCGGCCGCUGUGGGGGCAGCGGCUGCGCCGUGAGGCGCCGGGCGGGACCGGGACCGGGGCCGGGAACUGGGGCCGCAACCGGGACCGCGGCCACGACCGGGACCACGGCCACGACCGGGACCGGGACCGGCGGUGCGUUCCCCGGCACCUUUAGCUCGUCCGGCCUGCGGCCGCUUCGCUCCGGGCGGUUCCGGCAGACGCGGCAAGAAAGGAGAGGCCGGUGUGCUCGCCGGGAACCCGGCCAUGUUCUGAGGCAGGCCUUUAGGACUCAGCUCGGAUUCAAGUCUCUGCGUGAAGGAAUUGCCCUCCUCGCAUCCCCUGGGAAGCUCUCGAACAAUGGCAAGUCCAAGAACAAGGAAAGUUCUCAAGGAAGUCAGAGCACAAGAUGAGAACAAUGUCUGUUUCGAAUGUGGUGCAUUUAACCCCCAGUGGGUGAGUGUGACCUAUGGAAUCUGGAUCUGUCUUGAGUGCUCAGGAAAACACCGGGGCUUGGGAGUUCACCUCAGUUUUGUACGUUCUGUAACUAUGGACAAAUGGAAGGAUAUUGAGCUGGAGAAAAUGAAGGCUGGAGGUAAUAGCAAAUUUCAAGAGUUCUUGGAGUCUCAAGAUGACUAUGAUCCCUGCUGGUCAAUGCAGGAGAAGUACAACAGCAAAGCUGCAGCUCUAUUUAGAGAUCAGGUGGCUACAGUAGCUGAAGGCAAGGAGUGGUCCAUUGAAACGUCUCCUGCCAGGAACUGGACCCCACCUCAGCCUAAAAUGUCUCUCUCUUCCACUCAUCGUUCUGCUGGACAAUCUCAGACUGCAACUGCCUCUUCUGACAAGGCUUUUGAAGACUGGUUAAAUGAUGAUGUCGGCUCCUACCAAGGUAGUGGCCAAGAGAAUCGCUAUGUAGGGUUUGGAAACACAGUAAACCCUCCAAAAAAAGAGGAUGACUUCCUGAAUAAUGCUAUGUCUUCAUUGUACUCGGGAUGGAGCAGUUUUACAACUGGAGCAAGCAAAAUUGCCUCAGCUGCUAAGGAGGGUGCUACUAGAUUUGGAUCUCAAGCAAGUCAAAAGUUUUGGGGCUACAAGCAGCAGCCAGAGCCGGCAUCAGAGUUAGGUCAGACAUUAAAUGAAAAUGUUCUCAAACCUGCACAGGAAAAGGUGAAAGAGGGGAAAAUAUUUGAGGAGGUCACCGUGGGGGUAUCACAGUUGGCCAGCAAGGGAGUGGGAAGUAAGGGAUGGCGAGACGUCACCACUUUUUUUUCUGGCAAACCAGAUGAUAAUUCUGAAAGACCAGCUGAGGGAGACAGCUACCAGAACAGUGGAGGGGAGGGCUACCAGAACAAUGCUGUAGAUCAAAGCUUCUGGGAGACCUUUGGCAACUCCGAUCCACCAAAAGCUCAUAAAUCUCCAAGCAGUGAGAGCUGGACCUAUGUGGACAAUUCCACAGAGAAGAAGAGCUCCGAUAGCUGGGACGUGUGGGGCUCAGGAACAGUCUCCAACAACAAGAACAGUAACAGCGACAGUUGGGAAAACUGGGAGACCAACUGGGAAAACACAGGAGGGGAGAGCAAGACCAAAAAACCUCCUAAGGCAACAAAAAAGGCGUCUUCAGCUGAUGAUGGGUGGGAUAACCAGAACUGGUAGAACUCUGUUAACCCUGUUUUGCACAUCUAGGAAGGGGAGGCUAUGCUGGCUGACGGGGGGGAGAAGGUUUUACAUGCAGCUGGAAUAUCUUGGUUGACCUUAGUGAUCUGUUACUUUUGUGCUUCCCAUUCAUUCUCCUUUCUUCUAUCCUGAUUUAGGAAAAAAAAAAAGAAAAAGUAGCAUCUGAAUCUUUUAUUAGAUAAAGGUGGCUGUCCCUUUUUUAAGGAUAGUGAUAAUUAUAUUCUCCUUGCACUAUUGAAGCUGUGUACAGUGACUUUCUUAACACAAAUGAUCAAAAGAAAAAGAAUCAGUGCAAGCACACUUUCAUGGCACAUCCUUGCAUGUGUAGGUUAAUAGCUAUUCAUCCAGUCCUCAUGUAAUUUGAGAUGAUCUGAGGUGUUUAAUGCGAAGACAGGGUGUGUCUUGAAAAGAUAGCCAUUCAGUAAGCAAGCUCUAGUUGAAUAGAUCUAGUUCAAAUGCCUUAUGGAUUGCUCUGACUGGAUUAAGUGGCAAUUCAAAAUGAUCUUUAAGAUACUUUCUAUUGGAGCUUUGUUUUUAAACUUUAUGAGACUCUUUUAGUCUUUUAAAACUUAUUUUCUCCCCUUAGAAUUAACAAGGAAUCUAGAACUAGAUGAUAAUUUGUGUAAACUCACAGUUUUGACCUGAGUUAUCAAGGGAUAUCCAGAAUGGCUCUACUUGCCUUCCUUGCUUAAUGGGUUAAGCUGCACAUGCGGCUCUUCUACACAGAUAAAAUGCAAAGCUGUGAUGUUCUCCUGCCUUAUCUACGCCCUUCCCCCAGCUUGAGUAUUUUAUAAAGUCUGUUUUUUCUCUGUCUUUCUUCCUUCAACCCAUCUCUUUUAUCUAUUCUGAUAAAAAUUAAAUCUUUCUGCUGCUUACAGCCUUUUGGAGAUCGGUUUGGCAACUUGGCAGUGAAACAAAUCUAUAAAAAAGAUUCCAGUAAGAAAAAAUGGGUGGAAAAUAUGAGAACAUUGAGGAGAGAGGUUGGCAGCAAGCCUCUUUCAAGAUGAGUAGAUGUCUGCAUUUAAUAGUAAAAUUUAAAUUAAACAGAUGUUUUCCAAAUUAAUCUUUAAUAUGUCAAACUGUAUCUCUGUGCCUAUCCUGUAUUUCUCCACAUUUUCUUCCUGGAUCUUGUUAAAGCAGCACUAUUUCAAAAACUUUAAAAACUCCUUGUCAGCAUUAAGGAAUGGAAUAGAAGAUUCAGUUACGUCUCAGUUCUGACCCAACAGAUUGCUUUGCAUGACACAAACCAUGACUUCUACAGAAGAAAUGUGACUUUAAUGACAAAGGUGUCCUGUGUGUCCCAUUUUGUUUUUGGGGGUGAGUUGCAGUGUACACUCAGCCUGAAAACAAUCAGCUCCCUUAAACUUAAAAUCAUGAUGUUGUUGCGUAGCCUACUUUACUACCAGCAUGGAGUUCUUUACUGUGGACCCUGUAAAUCUCAAUACAUACCUAAAGAGCCUUUUCCUUUUAAAAAUAGUUAAUUUGUGCAAGAAAACAACUAACCUAAGUUGUAAAUAAUGCUUCGUUUCUUUUUUUACUUCACAGAGGUUUUUAAGCUUAUAGUAAUAUCAGGAGGUUAUAAAGGAAGGAAAAUCAUGAAUCACCUCAAAAGUAGCAGAUUUUAAAGGCUUAGGUCUAAGUAGAAGUUGCUCUAUUUCUAGCCUGAUUCUGUAUUUCUAUUAGUAGGAUCUUUCAGAUGGUGAACAAAAUAUUUUUCUAGUCUUCUCUAGCCCUGUCCUGCAAGAGUUGGGAUUUCUUUCUUUUUUUCCCCCCUCGCUUCUCCUGACAGCGCGGUCUCUGCGGCUCCUGCAGCAGGACCCGGCGCCGCUCGCGGCUGAGCCAUGCGAGGCACCCGAGGUGCUCUUGCUGACACGCUGACCCUCUGGAAGUGCCGAAGGCACAAGAGAUCUUGGUUUACAAAUGCUGCUUGUGGUACCACCGGCAGAAGUUUACAGCCUGACUAUAAAACAAGGAUUUUGUUCUGUUUUUCCUCCCGUUCCAAAUAUACCUUUGUCAUAGCUUAAUUGCAUGUCAGAUGUAACUCCGUAUUUUUAUGCAUACACCUCUGUUGCCUACUUGUCAUUUGUCUGCUGCCCGGUAUGAAACUGUAAUGCAUGUACUUUGGAGGCGGUGCUGUGUAAUGUAUGUGAAGUGGCACUGCCCAGUCCUUGACUAACAGUUAGUCUUUGUGAAGUGUUGCAGUAGCGGUGACGGCGAAAUGCACCUGAUGGGUUAAACUGUCUGACUGCUGGUGUCUGUCUGGAGUGAUGUGAAGCUGAUUCAGCUUCCUGUGUACAAAUUUAUUACAGUUUCUCUUUCAUAAACCUCUUGAAAUAGCUUGUAGCAGGAUAAGCUUUAUUUCAGCCCAUUCAAUCAGCAGUAUUGUGAUGUGUAUGCAUACGUUCUCCUCAGCUGUGUGGUUUGCCUAGGAGAAAACUGGUUUAUUUAUGUAUCACUUGCAGCUACAAUUGGCAUGAGCCAUUUGUUUGUUCUUCUGGUUUUAUUUUUGUAUCUCUUGAAACUUUGUUCUAAAUUAAACUAAACAGCCAGAGCACUACUCAGGCAGAAGCUUUGGGUAAUGAUUUUUCUUCCAGUUAAGGAGACAGUGACGGAACAGUUGCAGUCUCUCUUUUUGCAGAGCUGUAGAAAGUCAACACAAUGCUACAACUCCCAGAAAGGGUUAAUGGAAGAUACUGAAAACCAACAGAAUGGCAAAAUGUGUAACUGCAGCCAGAAAACUAGUAUACCAACUGGUCUCAGUUUGCCAGGCAAAUUGGUAUUUUUUUGACUUGUCUGAAUGUGAACGUUUUACCAUGUCUUCCAGAGGAGAGGAUGAAAUGAGGGCAUUUUCUUUUGCAAAGCCUCCGCUUUAUUGGUUUUUACUCUUUUUUUUUUUUUUUUUUUUAAGUGUAGAUGGCUGUGAAGUUUCUGCAGUUUGGUGGAAUGCAUGCGAUCAAGAUGCAUGGGUGGAGUGAGUGUUUAUGAAUUAGACUUUUUUUUUUUAAAUACCUCCUUCUCGCCCCAAAUCCUCUCUUUUUUUUUGGCCUGAUCGUGAGCGCCGUAAGCAGAGGCAUUGAGUGCAGCCUGCAGGAGCUGAGGGCACCAGCCCUUGAACCCGAGUGAGCGUGUGGGUUGGCGAGGCUGUAGCGUCACCCGUCGGGUGGGUGAAGAGGGCUCCACUUUCCUUCCAGUCCCACACUGUGUAUUAACGAUUUCGUCAUACAAGCAAAUUGCUAGGAGAGAGCACAGAAGGUGAAAUGACUACUGCAACAAUUGGACCUUGCAAUGUUUGGUUUAAAUUUCCUAGUGUUUCAAACCAAUUUAUUCCCUUGUAUGGCUUCAACUUUGGAAAAUACAGAGCAGCUGGAUUCCUGCAGGUAGUCUGAAAAUAAGAAAAGCUUCAAGGCGUUCAAACUAAGUGCCACUUGCAAAAGAGUCAAAGUCUUAAAGAAUGUUCCUCAACUGGGAACCUAAUCCUAGAAGUUAAGGAUUAUUGUAAAAUGUUUCAUUUGUGUCUUGAAACCUGUUAACAAUUACAACCUUUCAAGGAGUGCUUGGCCAGUUCUCCCUCAUAGUUGAGACCUCAAGGAUAAUGCCGCUGCUUUUAUUUUUGAGGCCAGACUGUGUAAAGUUCCAUAGGUUUAUAAUGAAUUUAUCAGUGUAAUGAUCUGUGCAAUAAUUUAACAAGUGUAGGUAAAACCAUGGUUGUUUUAUCCAGGAUACAUUUAAAGAUACAGUGGUCCUCUUGAACAGCAGUCUACUGAGGUGUUUCAGUUCUCACCUUACUUUGUUAAAUUUCAGCAACCCUUGUUAGAAAAGGCUUGAAUGAUUUAAACAGAAAUCAAGAAACAUUUCAGUGUCCAUUAUUAGUGCUUUGGCUUAGUGACCUCUAGUUUUAGAGCCCUCUUUCAUUUUCAUGCCAGCAGAAACUUGGUCAGUAUGGAGUACUGUAUCUUUUAAUUUUCCCGAUGUGUUUUUUGUGAAGUUCACAGGAAUGGCAAUUUCAGUGAACACUAUUCAUUGUUCUGUAGAGUGGUACCAGACUUGAACUGCAGUGUCAUCUUUUAAAGAGCAUUAUAAUAAAGGAAAGAGAUACGGGGCA